AUGUCUACAAUCCAUGAACCACAGGACCCAAACAACACGGAGUCGGAUUCUGUGAUUAUAACAUACCAACAUUCUCCCCCGAAAUGUCUCAAAAACUGUUCUCCGCUCAGUCCGGUGAUCAGAAUUCGGAAAUUCCUGGACAGAUUUCUGAAGAAAAACAAAGCAAGGUUAAAAACCUGCUUCCGGGUUUUCCUUCUUCUUGGAUAUUUUGCUUAUUUUAUUGGAGCGAUGGUUCAUAGUUUCGGCGACGAGGGUUCGAUUCGUUUACUAGUUCUGACCGUGGUUGUGUUGUUUUUCUAUGCAAUGCAUACAUUAAAGAAAUGUUAUGGAGAUCGAGUGGAAACUUUCUUAAACAGUACUCAAAAGAAUCCAAACUUCCCAAAAGAAAGAACAAGGAGGUUGUUAAAAAAGAUUUUGACCGUAUACGUCAUCACCAUCGUCAUCAUAUAUGUCAUAGCUACAGUAUUGGUAAACAGCCCCUUCAGACUUGUACCUGUUGCCGGUUUAUUCAUUUUCACGUUUGUGCUGUUCUUCUUUUCAAAGGACCCUGAACAGGUUUGUUGGCGGCCAGUAUUGUGGGGAUUUCUGUUGCAAAUGGUCUUUGCUUUGAUUGUCCUUCGAACCAGUUGGGGUUAUGACGCUUUUGAUUGGUUGGGGAAAAGAGUCACGGAAUUUCUCGACCACUCAGACAACGGUGCAAUUUUUGUUUUUGGUGAAGCCUACACUGAACACUUUUUUGCAUUCAAGGUGAUGUCUGUGAUUUUUUUCUUCAGUGCUGUCAUCUCCAUCUUAUAUUACUUAGGAUGGAUGCAAGUCCUGAUUCAGAAAAUGGCCUUCAUUAUGCAGUAUACCUUAGGAAUCUCUGCCAUGGAAUCCCUCCACGCCGCAGUCAACAUCUUUGUUGGAUGGGCUGAAACUACGACGAUCGUCAAGCCUCUGUUUGACAAGAUGACCCUAUCUGAACUUCACACCGUGAUGACGAAUGGAUUCGCAACAGUGGCAGGAAGCACUUUAGUCGUGUACAUCCUUUUUGGGGCUCCUGCGAAUCACUUGAUAUCCGCCAGUGUUAUGUCCGCGCCUGCUGCACUCGGAAUUUCUAAAUUAUUUUGGCCGGAAAGCAAAGAAAGCAGACGAGACACAUCGAACGACGCAUGCGAAAUAAAAAAACAGGGGAGAAACAUCAUGGAAGCCGCCUCAAUCGGCGCCAUCAUCGCCCUGCCGAUUGUGGCUUACAUCAUAGCUAGUGUGAUUGCCUUCUUCUCCUUCCUGGGUUUUGUUAACGCUACCUUGGUGUGGCUUGGGGAGAGGGUUGGGCUCAUGCUACCUGAUUACCCGCCGCUAACCUUUCAGCUUAUCUGCUCCUACCUGUUUUGGCCGCUAGUUUUUCUGUUGGGCGUGGAACCACGAGAUUGUUGUGUCGUCGCACGGAUGGUUGGAAUCAAGACUUUCAUCAAUGAAUUUUUAGCAUACGAAGAUUUGGGGAAAGUUAUCAAAAAUAAUGAGGCUUUUGAAGCGUACGAUGGGCAAUGGACAACAACGUCCAGUUGUGAUGUUUUCUUGACAGAUCGAAACCAGACUCUGAAGGGCGGAAUACUGACUGAACAUUCGGUCGUCAUUGCUACAUAUGCACUCUGUGGAUUUUCAAAUCUCACGGCUCUUGGAAUCAUGAUAGGAGCACUCACCGCUAUAGCGCCUAACCGCAAAGAAGAUAUAGUGCGUGUAUCCUUCCGCGCCCUGAUUUCCGGCUGUUUUGCCUGUUUUAUGACUGCAUGCAUUGCAGGUAUACUUUCAUCAUAGCUUUGGCCAACACCCAUCAGACCUAUAAAAUAGAGUUAUGUAUUACAUGUAUAUGUGUAUAAG